AUGCCAUCAGAGGAGUUUGUUCGUGGGAUGCUGUAUCUGUCCCUCACAGCUGUGGGUGUUCCAGGAAACACUGCUGUAAUUGUGGCUUUCCUGCUCUUGCUUUACCAGGAGAGCCGCCUCCUUGCAGCCGAUGCCAUCGUCCUGCACCUCGCCUGCGCCAACUUGCUGGUGGUGGGCACACGAUGUCUUCUAGAGACCCUGGCCUCCCUCCAUGUGGCCAGCAUCUUUGGAGACAUGAGCUGUAAAGCUGUGAUUUUCAUCUACAGAACGUGCCGUGCCCUCUCCAUUUGGCUCACCUUUCUCCUGAGUGCCUACCAGUGUCUGAGCAUCGCACCUCCUGGGUCACACUGGGCCUCUAUUCGCACCUUGGUGGCCCAAUAUCUGCUCUCUGUGUUCCUCUUCCUCUGGGUUCUCAACACCUCCAUGACCACGGCAGCCAUACUCUUCUCCUUUGGUAGCAAGAAUGACUCCAGCCUGACUAACAACGGCAUUAAUGUACAGUUCUGCUACGUAAACUUUCCUUCAAAGCAAUCCAAAGAGGCCAAUGGGGCAGCUCAGGUGUGCAGAGACGUGGUGCCCAUGGCCCUCAUGACACUAGCCAGUCUGAUAAUCCUAAUCUUCCUUUACAAGCACAGCCGACAAGUGAAGGGCCUUCGCAGCAGCAGCAGUGGUGGUGGUGGAAGCAGUGGGGCUGAGCAACGAGCUGCCAAAGUCGUGGUGGUGCUUGUGACCUUGUAUGUGGUUCUGUAUGGGGUAGAUAAUGGACUUUGGGUGUAUACCCUCACUGUGAGGAAGACCAUGAGUUCCUCACUGAUCUCUGACCUGCGUAUAUUCUUCUCCUCAUUGUAUGCAGCACUAAGCCCUCUAGUUAUUAUUGCGUCUAACAGGAAGGUGAAUAGCAGGCUCAGAUGUGCAGCACAUGAAAAGCCUGUAAUGGAGAAAGCCACAAGUCCUUCUUCUGUGUAA